AUGGACCAGAUCUACUAUGUGGCUCGAAGAACAAUCAUUUACAGCGGCUCACUAAGUCCUUCUUGCGAGGCUGUUCUCAAGGCAGUGCACGGUAAAGUCGAAAGGGAAGAUUAUCGAGAUGCUGAGGGUUUGGACCUGUUGGAAGUUCUGCACAACACUCGCACCGAAACUCCUGUUGAUCUCGUUGAGUGGCUCGACCGCUGGAGAGGACUCGAGGUAGCAAACUAUCGAGACAUGAUCGACGCCCUAGUGUGCCUUGCAAGCGAUGGGAAAGCUUUGCUUGCCAUGGGACCAAAGCCGUUCACUUGUUCUUGGCAGAUAGCGUUCGGUACAGCGGCUGCCUGUGUCCUCCAAAAACGCGGCUUCAGAUACCUAUGCACUCAGUACCACGACAGAGACGAAGACAGCUCUGCUGAAUACUACCAGAUGGUGAUUUCAGGAAACCACAACAAAACCAAGGAGCAGGAGAUGAGACCUCCGACUUGGAUCCCCGACUGGCGACUCAAUGAUCCUCAUCACAGGAUCUCCAUCUAUGAAAGCUGGGUAAAGGCCGGUUACAGCAACUCUCCCAAUUCGCGCAAGCGCAAAUCGGAAGCUCAAGAGCCACUAAUCGAACCCUAUAGCAUCGAUCAUUUGUUGAAUUUUAACCGCGACUUCACCACACUCCAGUUUCUGUCUACCAAAAAAGACAUCAUCAAAGCAACGAGCGACGAGAUCCCCGACGCUUUCGACUGCGACCCCGCAGCACAAAAGCGUUCCGCCGAAUACAAAAUGGGACUUGGAACAGGGACACCGGGUACUCUUGGCAAAAGCGACAGCGAUACUCAUAAAAGAUGUAUGCAGUUCUUCGAAAACUGGGUCAUGGAAAUCGUGAAAGAAUGGAGUGGGGACGACUCAGACGCAGACUACGAGGAGGAACUACCAGAAACAGAUCAAACGUGGUUAUCUACCAAACGCGGAUUACUGUCUUGUAUGGACGCAUGGCUGAAGCAAAUGGACGUUGCACAUGGCACAACAACACCUACGGGACACACUAGCUGGGAUCCGACAUACUGCAACGAAGCAUUCUUUCAUUUCAUCAAGGAUUACAUGGACCCCGAUAGCAAGGCCUCAGUUCCAGAAGGCCGGUCUUUUGCCGUAACCGUCAGCGGAUCGAUUGGCUUCGUGCCGUCUAGCGCCAAAGCAGGAGAUGUAGUCCUUUGGGGCAACGCGCAUACUAGAAUGCCCGUAGUCCUUGUGCGGCCGGUAGAAGGACAGUUUCCGAGAGAGGACGAAUCGAUUGCGCCGACUUUGGCGGCCAUGGCAGGAAAACGAAACGGAGAUGGCGUCACUUCUUUCUAUCAUUGUACGGUAGUUGGUGAGUGUUUCUUUACUCAGAUCGAGAGGGUGGAUCGCGAGGAUGAUGCAGUUGGGGACGAAGAAGCUAGAGCUGAGCUUUUUGUCAUGCAUUAG